UACUUUAGUUUGUAACUUUAUUGCGAUGAUUGCCACUUGGCUUUUUUAUUUUACCUUUUUCCUGGCAGUCGUUGAUAUUUCUGGGGAAGAUGAAUUCGUGAGGAAGACGAAGAGUGAAUUUCUUCAGUUUGAGAGCCACCACCGCCAGGAACAAUUUGCAUCGUACUCAGCCAAAAGUCCUGCAGGAUCUUUGGAAUCAACCGGUAAUUGUGGAGAAAUCCCGAAUCCCCCUAUCAAUGGACGGAUCAGCUGUUCUAGAGCAGGACAUUGCCAUGCCACCUGUAGUAGAUACUAUCGAUUCCCAAAUGGAGCCGAGACUUUGCCCAUCACCUGCCAGGAUGGCAAAUGGGAAAUACCGGAUACAGAGGGGUCCAUUACCCCGGAUUGUCAACCGGUUUGUCUUCCCCAAUGUUUAAAUAAUGGUAUUUGCAUUGGUCCGAAUCAAUGCGAGUGCUCAGAGAACUUCUCCGGUCCACAAUGCCAGUUUGAGACUAGACCAUGUUUGAAUCUUCCACCACCAGUACAAAACUCUGCGCGACGAUGCAACGAGAAAACAUGUACAAUAUCCUGUAUGAACGGCUUCACCUUUCCGGACGGUUCGUCGAUCACCAACAUGAACUGCAAAGAAGGAAAUUGGAUCCCAACUCGACCCGACUGGCCAUCUAUCCCUGACUGUGCACCCGUUUGUUCACCUCCCUGUGAGAAUGGUGGAAUCUGUCUAGCCCUGAAUACCUGUCAAUGUCCUCAAGAUUUUCGCGGCCAACAGUGCCAAUUUCACGUAGAUCGUUGUAACGUCAGAAAUUUGGCUUUUAACGGUGGCUACCAAUGUCAUGGCGACUCAUAUUCCUACUCGUGUACCCUUAAUUGCCCCGAAGGAGUUGAAUUCUCAUUUCCACCAGCAGCAGAAUAUACUUGUAAAUACGAAACUGGUGUCUACGAACCGCAACAAGUUCCUGAAUGCAAAACGCAACCUGGAAGUAAGAUCAUCACUGUUGGAACGGCCAAGAACUCCUACAUAAAGACGACCAAUCAUUUCUGGCGGGUCGAGGGAUCUGAGUCCAACCUGGCAGCAUAUGAUCAAGAAUUAAUGAGAAGUGCGUUUCAUAGGCUUCGACAAAAUGGAAUGAAAAAUUCGGUAAAAAGUGGAGCAGUCAAAGGUGGUCAUUACGAAGUUGAUCAGCAAUUGGAGAAUAAAAUUACAGAUGAGUAUGGAUUGUUGUCUAAUGACUCAGCUGAAGUAGAUGUGAAGAAACCCGAGCCAAAGACUUGUUUCACAUGGGGAGGAAGCCACUACAAGACUUUCGAUGGUGCAAUAUACAGUUUCUCGAGCACCUGUGCGUAUACUUUAUUCCAGGAAACUCGGGAUGCGAUUGUUACCGUAAUCAUCCAGAAUAGUCCAGGAUGUCAGGAUGGAGAAACGUGUCAUAAGAUCAUCAAGAUCUUCCUCGAAGGAAAGGAAUUCACUAUAACUUUGAAUGAACUUGGAAUUGCAACAUUCAGAACAGUCAAGAAGAUUCUACCGAUUCCAGCACAAUUGGCUGGAAUAAGAGUUCAAAUGUCAGCACAUUUUGUUGUAAUUUCUUUGGAUUCUGUUGGCGCCAGCCUGAAGUGGGAUGGUAGGCUAUUUGUUCAGGUGAAAGCCACCGAGUCUCUCUGGAACCGAACGGCUGGACUAUGCGGAAGGAUGAAUGGUAACGUGAGAGACGAUAGGACAGGUCGUGAAUGGAAUCAGCACAGAACAAUUGCUGCAUUUACAGCUGAUUGGAAGGCCCAGAAUAUCGAAGAAAUCUGUGACGAUUAUAUUCCACAUACUGAACACUCCUGUGGCAAUGAUUUGGCCCUUCGUGAAGAAGCCGACAAAUUUUGUGGACAAUUAUUCGCUGAUCCAAAGUAUCGAGACUGUUCGAAGAUCCUAGAUUUGGGAUCGUUGAAGGCCACUUGUCUCUGGGAUUAUUGCGAUUGCAAAAACGGAGAUAAAAAAAAUUGUGCUUGUGAUACAAUGAGUGUAUAUGUACGCCAAUGCUUUCAUGACGGAAUCACUCAAUCAGUUGCUUGGAGAAAAGAAGAGAUUUGUCCUAUGAAUUGCAGUGGGGGAAAGAUUUAUAAAUCUUGUGGACCACAAUCACAACUAUCGUGUAAUGAUGAUGCUGCAUCGAAGGGAAGUAUUGAUAAGCUAGCGUGUGAAGAAGGUUGUUUCUGUCCAGAAGGAACGGUCCUGCAUGAGGGCAAUUGUAUAUCCAGGGACGAAUGUCCUUGUCGAUUGAGGGGAAAGGUAUUUCAACCUGGUGCUACUAUUCCUAAGCAGUGUAAUACUUGUACCUGCGCUGCUGGAAAGUGGACGUGCACACAAGUAGGAUGCGGAGCUAGAUGUGCAGCUGUUGGGGAUCCUCAUUAUGUCACCUUCGAUGGAAAGCAUUAUGAUUUUAUGGGAAAAUGUGGGUAUUAUCUGGUUAAAGGAGAUAAUUAUAGCAUUGACACUGAGAAUGUCGCCUGCUCUGGAGCAAUUUCCGAGGCAAUGGGUUUUUCACGAGCAAACUCUCCUGAGCUUCCAUCAUGCACCAAAUCCGUCACCAUUCGUCUACCAGCUACAGUAAUCUCCCUUCAACAGAAUCGAAAAAUAACCAUCAAUAAUCAGGACAUCCCAAAACUUCCCAUCUCCAUCUCUGGCGUAAAAAUCCGUCUGGCCAGCAGUAUUUUUGCAGUGGCCCACCUUCCAAACGGUCUCGAAGUCUGGUGGGACGGUGUCUCCCGAGUCUACGUGAACGCCCCUGCUGAAUUUCGUGGCAAGACCAAGGGCCUCUGUGGGACUUUCACCGAGAACCAGCGAAAUGACUUCCUAACUCCCUUCGGAGACGUUGAGCAAUCUGUCGUAGAUUUUGCCAACAAAUGGAAGACCACUGAACAAUGUGAAGACAUUUCCCAGAAAGACUUUUCCCAUCCAUGUGACGCGAACCCGGAGCGCCUGCUGACUGCUGAAACGCACUGCUCGAAGCUCUGGGGGGAUUUAUUCGCAUCAUGUCACUGGUACGUGGACCCAGACAUCUUCUACAAGGAUUGCAAGUACGACAUGUGUGCUUGCGAGGAUUCAAUCUCUCACUGUCUCUGUCCAACGUUAUCUGCCUACGCAAAAGAAUGCGCAGCAAAUGGCGUCAAGAUCCUGUGGCGAACGGAAAUCGAAGAAUGUCAGUUGCACUGUCCAGCAGGUCAAGAGUACCAGAUCUGUGGUAACAGCUGCACGAGAUCCUGCAGUGACAUCUCCUUCAACGAGGACUGUCGCCAAGAAUGCGUCGAAGGUUGCAAUUGUCCAGAAGGUCAAACACUCAAUCCUUACGGCGAAUGCAUUCCCAUUGGCCAGUGUCCUUGUACCUUCAACGGAAUGGAAUUCAGACCUGGUCACAAGGAAAUUCGACCUGGGACUAAAAGCCAGGAGUUGUGCACUUGCGUGGGAGGUUUAUGGACCUGUAGACCAGCGACUAAAGAAGAAAUUGAGGAAUAUCCCCCUGUAACCCUGAAAACCAUCUGCAGUGCUUCAAGGAAUCAAGAGGCGACGUCCUGUGAACCUGUUGAGCCUCGAACCUGCAGGAACAUGCAUCAGUCCGAUAACCAAAGCCCUGCAAUCUGUCGUCCAGGAUGUGUUUGCAAGCAGGGAUAUGUCCUGGACAUCGUAGAACAUCAGUGUGUUCGAAAAGAAGAUUGUCCAUGUUAUCAUGGCGGCAGAAGUUACAAAGAUAACUCAACAAUGCAGGAGGACUGCAAUACUUGCAAAUGCGAAGGAGGAAACUGGAAGUGCUCUGACAGAAGCUGUUCAGGAGUUUGUUCAGCUUGGGGUGAUUCUCAUUACAAAACAUUUGAUGAUCGAACCUACGAUUUUCAGGGAAUUUGUGAUUAUGUACUUGUGAAAUCUAGCUUUGGGGGUAAUGAUUGCUUUGAAGUUUCUACCCAAAACGUUCCUUGUGGAAGUUCUGGUGUCGCUUGCUCCAAAUCGAUAAGUCUAACUGUUGGAAAUGGUAAUAACCAGGAGAAGAUUACAUUGACCAGAGGAAAAGAUCUACUGAAAGAAAAUUUCCAGCGGAUUGUGACGAGAGAAGCUGGAAACUUCGUAUUCCUUGACGUUCCUGACUUGGGAUUGACUCUUCAAUGGGACAGAGGAACACGAGUCUACGUGAAAUUACAGCCCAAAUGGAAGGGACGAACAAAAGGUCUUUGUGGUGAUUAUAACGAUAACGGUGAGGAUGACUUCAAGACUCCUUCAGGAGGAAUAUCAGAGGUAUCUGCUAGACUCUUCGGGGAUUCUUGGAAAAAGGAUAAUUAUUGCCCUGAACCCAAGGACAUUACGGACACCUGUGCACUACAUCCAGAACGAAAGAUUUGGGCCACUGAGAAGUGUGGAGUUCUCAAAAGCUCUUUAUUCCAAUCCUGUCAUUCAGAAGUUGACAUUGAACCUUACGUGCUAAAUUGUAUCUUCGAUACUUGUGGAUGCGAUGGCGGAGGUGAUUGUGAGUGUCUCUGCACCUCUCUCGCAGCUUAUGCUCAUGAAUGCAACCGCCGAGGGGUUCCCAUUAAAUGGAGAUCUCAGGAUCUUUGUCCAAUGCAAUGCGAUGAGAACUGCAGCAGCUACUCUCCCUGCAUAUCUACAUGUCAAACAGAGACCUGUGACGAUCUAUCCCACCUUCGGAAUGGAUCUCGUUUAUGCAUCGAGGACACCUGCAUCGAAGGCUGUCUCAUGAAGUCAUGUCCAGAGGGACAAGUUUGGAAAAAUAACAGUUUCCACGAGUGUGUUCCCCGAAGUGUUUGCAAACCGGUCUGUUUGGAGAAAGAUGGGAUUGUUUACUAUGAAGGUGACACUGUCAGCGGUGAUUCUUGCCAGACUUGCUUCUGUAGCAGGAGUAAAAUCAUAUGUAAUGGCGUCCCCUGUCCUACAUCAGUGGAACCUACAACCAUUCCGAUGACCGAGCGUGAGAAAUGUGUUAAUGGAUGGACAAGCUGGUUGAAUACGUACUCACCAAAGGGAAAGGAGACUACGUUUAUGAUCAAGUAUCCAGUGAAAGGUACGAAAGGUUCUCCAAAAUCUGUCGAUGUCGAGCCUCUUCCAACGUGGAUGUAUCUUGUAUCGUUAAAGAACUCUUCACGUUGUCAGCAGAAUCUUAUGGUGGACAUCAAAUGUAGAACAGUGAAUGGCCAUUUAGGUCCAAAGGAAACUGGCCUCGAUGUUGAAUGCAGUCUGGAAAGGGGAUUGUACUGUGAAAGCCAUAACAAUGACAUCUGUCCGGAUUUUGAAAUCAGUGUUCUUUGUAAAUGCGAUGACGACGUUACUGACUCAUCAAUCAUCACGACUGUUAAACCAGUAACAGAUGGGACUAGAGACGAAUGUGAACUCGACACUUACACGUUCUCAAUUCAAGACUGCUCGAUAUUUUAUGAGUGUGUACCAAGUGCGAAUGGAAACAAAUUGAUCAAGAAGACUUGUGGGCCCACAAUGUACUACAAUACUCAAUCAAAGACCUGUGACUGGCCCCAGAGUGUCGCCUUAUUCCGACCCGAAUGUAGAGAAGUUGUGGAGACGACAACCGAAGUUUCCCGGAUUUGUAAACCAGACGAAGAAUUCGAUAAAUGUGCAAUUGAUUGCAGCAGAACAUGUGACAUGUUCCAUCGUCUUUUAAUCGAUGAACAGCUCUGUGGUAAUGACAUCAAAUGCAUUUCUGGAUGUGUUCAUGACAGGAACAGAUGUCCUUCUGAGAAAGUUUGGAAAGAUGCAGUAACUUGUGUUGACCCUCAAGAUUGUCCAUGCAGAUCAGAUAAUGGAACUUCUGUCAAACCAGGAGUUGUGAUCAAUGAAUCCAAUUGCAAGGUCUGCCAAUGUGUCAAUAACUACUACAGCUGUGAUUCGUCUCGUUGUGUAACGACAGACGUAACACUGGAGCCAUCAAUCAAACCAAGUCAUCCGCCUACACCGAUCGAAGAACUGACAACAAUCAUGCCAAUUACUGUGACACCUCCCGAGGCGUGUGAAAGUGGAAAAUACGUUAAUUUACCAGGGAAAAUUAUUGCUGAUUCAAUGAACGAUUUACCUCUGAAAUCGAUGGGUGACACCCCAGUGAAGUCGUUAUCACUCGAGGAUUACUGGGAGCCAUCACAUCAGGAUCGAGAACAAUUCUUGGAGAUCAAACUGGAACGAGUCGAACCUGUGUAUGGAAUUACGGUGCAAGGAAACCCAGCGAAAGAGCAAUUUGUAACGAGUUACGCAGUUUUGUUCUCCCAGGACGGCCAAACAUUCUCAUACCUUCCGGACGAGUUCAGAGGUCCAAUCGAUGAGUUUGUGCCUAUCACUGAAAUGUUCCAUCAACCCAUCGAGACAAAAUUCAUCAGAAUUAAUCCGAGAACCUGGAGCGGCGGAAUCUCAAUGAAAAUCAAUAUCUUGGGAUGUCAAGACAUGACUGAGACAACGACCGAGGAUGUGACAUCGACUUCUGUCUAUGAAGUGACAAUUUUCGAACCAAUUUGUGAUGAUCCAAUGGGACUGGAUAACGGGAUUUUGGUUGAAGAGCAAGUGACUGCGUCUUCUUACUUAGAUUCCCUCAUUCCAAGUUUGAAAUUAUCGUCUCCGGGCAUCUGGAGGCCGCAAUUGGACAAUCCUAAUCAAUUCGUUGAGUUCAAUUUCUUGGAGAAUCGAAAUUUGACAGGAGUAGAGACCAAGGGAGCUAGCGAUAUCUGGACAACUGCCUAUAAAGUAUCCUAUGCUACAAAUCCACGUGAAUGGAAUCCAAUCAUCGACUCGUCAGGAGCUGAGAAGGUCUUCUUGGGUAACUUUGAUGAUGUAACAUCAAAGACAAAUUACUUUGAACGUCCCAUCAGUGCUCAAUACUUGAAGAUUCAACCGGUGAAAUGGCAUAAUCAUGUGGGAAUGAAGGCAGAAGUCCACGGUUGCUUUGUUCCUUACCCUCGUCCGACUACUUCUCUUCCAAAAAUCGUGGAACAUCCUUGCAAGGUAUGUAGAGGCGUUAACACCAGCCCCGAUGACGAAUGUAAAUGUAAGGAUCCUUUCUUUUGGGAUGGAGUCUCUUGCAUUUACAAGGAAUACUGUCCUUGCAUAGCCAAAGGCAUUUCCUACAAAGUGGGAUCGAUAUAUGAGACAGGCGACUGCGACAAGUGCACAUGUACUUUAGGGGGAAUCCCCGAGUGUGGUAAAAAAAUUUGCGAACCCUGUGAAGACUCAACAAUGAAGUCCUACGUAACUGAAUUAUGUGGAUGUAUCUGUAAACCCUGUCCAGAAGGUCAGAAGCUCUGCAAGACGAGCCAAAUCUGCAUCGACGAGUCCAGUUGGUGUAACGGAGUGAAGGAUUGUCCCGACGAUGAGACUGGAUGUGUAACAGAACCUCCUGAUAUUGUUGAAAAGGUCUUCAAUAGAACUGUCACGACAACAAAUACCACAGCUGAGAAGAACGUUACGGUGGUUUCGACCUGCGAAAUUCCUUCCUGUCCUCCCAAUUUCAAAUUGGUGAUGGUGAAGGAAGAUACGAGGCCCGUUCGACCCACCAGACCACCUCCACCAUUUUUCGGAGGUAAUAAAGGUGGCCGAUCCCAAAUGCGGGGAUUCAAUCCGACGAAACAGACUCGAGGGCAUCAACGAGUUGGUAAACAACCGAGAGUAAAUGAUCUCAAUGUUAAGGAAACUGAUGGAGAGUGUAAGGAGUAUUCGUGCGUCCCCAAGGACUUUCCACCCAUACCUCCUGGGGGUGGAAAAAAUAGAAUUGAGUGUCCUAAACCUCAGUGUCCACCACUUCAUCGGAUUGUCUUUGAACCCCAGAGUAUGUAUAAUCCACAACCAUGUCCAAGAUGGCGAUGUCAGCCACCUCGUGAACCCGAAGCUGUUUGUCAUAUCGAUGGAAAGAUGUUCACGACGUUUGAUAAGCUGGAGUAUCAGUACGAUAUUUGCAAUCAUAUUUUGGCUAGGGAUAUGUACUUUAACAAGUGGUACAUCACCCUGGAGAAUCACUGUGAUGUUCCGAACAAACCAUGCACAAAAGUUGUUGCCAUCGUCCUAGAUAAUGACGUCAUUGUCCUCUAUCCAAAUAAAUCCGUGGAGAUCAAUGAAUAUACGUUUACGUCUCAGCAAGUGAAACAUUAUCAGGAUAAGAGAGGAGGAUUCCGGGUGUUCUUGGUGGGGAAUAAGAUAAACUUCUCAUCCCGAAAAUACGGAUUUUUUGUUGUUUUCAAUGAAGAUUCAAUUUGCAUUGGAGUUAGUCCAAGAUUGAAGGGACGUAUCGAUGGUCUCUGUGGAUAUUUUGAUGGCAACAUGAGGAAUGACAAACAGAGACCUGAUGGAGUCCAGGCGAAGACUACACCGAUCUUUGGAGAUAGUUGGGUGAUGGAUGGAACCCCAGAAUGUGAUACUCAAGGCUGUUCCAGGGAGAUGUAUGCACAAGCUAAAGAAAUCUGUAGCACGAUCAAUGAUAAAACAUUCCGGUCGUGUGGAAAUGUCGGAAAUAUGAAGAGCUUCUUCACGAAAUGUGUGGAGUCCACCUGCAUGUGCAUCAAUUCAAAUAUGACAACUGAAGAAUGCAGAUGUCAUUCGUUAGCUUCUUUCGUUACGGAUUGUCAAGCCGCUGAUGAGAGCAUCGACCUGACCAGCUGGAGAGAUAUCUACAACUGUCCGAUACAUUGUCCUGCUCCACUUGUGUACAAGGACUGCUUCAGGAACAAAUGUGAGGCUAGUUGUGAAAAUCUCCAGGAGAUUGAACCUUGUCCCCAUAUGCCAGGAGUUUGUUUCCCAGGAUGUUUCUGUCCAGAUGGGCUCGUCAGACACGAAGAAGAGUGUAUUGCACCUACUGAAUGUCGUGACUGCGCCUGCGAUGGAUUUGGUAACACGAAUUUCAUGACUUUUGAUAGAAAAGAUUUUACAUUUGCUGGAAAUUGUACUUACGUCCUAUCUCGAGACAUUGUCAAAGCCUCCAAUCAACCUGAGGGACACACAUAUCAGAUAUUAAUGACGAAUGUACCUUGUGAAAGGGGCGUGUGCACGGAAACAAUAGCAGUCCUUUACAAAGGUCAUUUCUUGGAAAUGAAACAGGAUCAGAAGCACCUGAAAAGUCUCAUAACAUUGGAUGGACAGGUGAUAGAAUCGAUUCCGCUGAAGAAUUCUUGGCUUGAGAUUGAAGAAAUUUCAGAGAAGAAGAUCAAAGUAUCGAUUCUUCCAAUCAAGUUGGAAUUGACUGUUCACGAACAGAAUUUCGCCUUCAGUAUUCGACUACCAUCUCAUAUUUUUGGCGAAGCUGUGGAGGGUCUCUGUGGAAAUUGUAACGCGAAUGUUGAUGAUGAUUUCAAGAAACCAAGUGGGGAAGUCACAGAUAAUGUGAGUGAUUUCGGAAUGAGUUGGUUGGAAAGUGGAUUGCCCACAGCUCGAAUAUUGGACGUGACAACGUGUACAAGUGAACCACCAAAACCUUGUGAACUCCCACUUCCUGCAGAUGACUUAUGUAUGACUCUGCUGAAUGUGGAUAAAUUUGGCCAGUGUCAUAAACUCGUGGAUCCCGCUCCUUACGUCGAUUCUUGUCAUGACAGUCUUUGUUACAAGGGACAGUUGUGUGGGGAUUUGGAAAGAUAUGCUGAAGCUUGUAGAGAAGCUGGUUUUUGUCCGGAUUGGAGGAGUGAAGACGUCUGUCCAUUUACGUGCAAGGAACAUCUUGUUUACCGGACUUGUGGAUCCAGCUGUCCUGAUAGCUGUGACACCCUGAACGCCAUCGACAAACCCCAGUGUUCCUAUACAUUGGCUGAAGGAUGUUUCUGUCCUGAUGGUGACGUUUGGCACAAUGGCACCUGCAUCCCUGAGAGAAAGUGCUUCACUUGUGACGAUGAAGGUCACGCAGAUGGAGAUAUUUGGCAUCCUGACAAAUGCACGACAUGUUCCUGCGACAAGAAAAACGUUAAAUGCCAGACUACCCAAUGUCCACAUGUAGAAACAAUUUGCGAGGAGAAUUACACUCCAAUUUUGGUAGAGACAUCUGCAGAUGAGUGUUGUAAUAAAUACAGAUGUGCACCAGUGCCAACAAUUCCACCAACUUGUGCAGAGCCUCAAACCCUGGAAUGUGCUUAUGGACAAAUCAUGAAACUUACCAAAGGCCCCGAUGGUUGUUCCAAGUUCAUUUGUGAGUGCCUUCCUCCUGAGGAAUGUCCCCCAAUUGAUAUUGAAGUAACAAACGAUGUUGAUGUACUGCUACCUGGAUACGUUCAAUCCGUCAAUACUUCUGGUUGUUGUCCUAGAAGAGAGAGCUAUUGCAGUCCAGAAACGUGUCCACUACCAAAUUGUCCUGAAUACUAUACUGUCAACAGUAGGAGCUAUCCAGAGGCUUGUUGUCCCAUUCACGAUUGUCAGCCUCCUAAGAAUCUCUGUCUCUACAUGAAGAAUCCGGAUAACUCCACAGGAGUGAAGGACGAGAAGACCAUCAUAAUUCCUAAGAAAAUUGGUGAAGUCUGGAGCGAAGGUUUAUGUCGAACAUGCGCAUGUGAUCAAACACAAGGAAGUCCUCAGUAUCAUUGCACAACGACACUCUGUGAUGAUGAAGUCGUUCAUCCUGAUUAUCAUGAUUUCGUUCUCAGGGAAAAAGACAUAGGCGAGUGCUGUCCACAAUUCGAGAGAAUCGCGUGUAAAGAGAAUGAUGCUGUUCACGAAAUUGGAAGCACCUGGCAGCCAAAUGAAGACGACGCGUGUUACAUCGAGAGAUGUGAAAAUACAACUUGGGGAGUUCAGAAGAACAUGAUGACACAGGAUUGUAUCAAAAAUUGUGAUAAAGGAUAUGAAUAUAGAGCACCUGAGAAUCCUGGUAUCAACUGCUGUGGUGUAUGUGCACCAAUUGCCUGCAUCUUCGAGGAUGUCGCAAAGAAAAUCAAUGACGAAUGGCAAUCUCCUGACUUCUGUACUAACUACACUUGUCUGUUGGAGGAUGAUAAACUGAGAGUGAAGGAAUCAGUCACAUCUUGUGAGAGUAUGGAUCAGAUUGAGCAGGAAAAUUAUGAAAUUGUCUGGGAACGAAUGCCAGGUCAGUGCUGUCUAAAACCAACACGAAGUGCGUGUAGAGUGGAUGGGCAGAUUCAUUACGGUGGGGAAACCUGGAGAAGUCUGAGAGAUCAGUGCCUCACACUAUCCUGCGUUAUCAAUGGAGACCGAAUUGAACUGGAGAAGACUCUUCAACAUUGCAACGAAACUUGUGAUCUUGGAUGGGAAUACGUGAGACCGUCCAGUCAAGAGUGUUGUGGGACUUGCAAACAGACCCAUUGCGUUGAAAUGAAAGUCCUUCAUGAACCUGGGGAAGUCUGGAGUUCUCAGGACAGCUGUCGAAAGUUUGAAUGCAAAGACAACGAGAAUGGAUUGGUCGUUAGAGAGAUUCAUCAGAGGUGCAACGAUAGUUGCAUGUUUGGAUGGGAAUAUCGACAACCGGUGCAGGGAGAGUGUUGCGGAAGAUGUGAGGAAGCUUUCUGCGUUGAUAAGGAUGUCCUUCGUCCGCCGGGAAGUGUCUGGAAGUCGGAUGACACUUGCUGGACAUUCGAGUGCAGAUUCAAUGGGAAUCAGCUGAUGGUGAUCUCGAGCUCACCAACUUGUCCAGAUAUUCAGAAUUGUGCUGAAGAGAAUAUUUAUCAGGAUGGAUGCUGUAAAAGGUGUAAACCGGGUGGUGAAAAUAAGGUGGAGUGUGCGGCUGAAGUGCUUGAACCUCGUUUGACCAUUGGAAAAAUCAAACAGUAUCGGUAUAAUGGAAUGUGUGUUAAUAGAGGAGAAAUUCCUGAGUAUACUGAAUGUCGGGGAAGCUGUGAGUCUGAAAUCAAGUUCAAUCCUGCCAACUGGUACCAGCACAGUCUCUGUCAUUGCUGUCAGCCGAAGAGCUUCAAGCAGAUUGUUGUGAGAUUGGAUUGUGCUGAUGGUGAUACAGCAAAUUUGAGGAUUUCUGUGCCGACUUCGUGCGCCUGCGAGACUUGCAGCUGGGGACAAACAUCUCAGCCUCCUGGAAGGGUUAAAACAAAAAAUGGUGGGAAUCCGCAUGGGAAUCGUCCGACGAAGGGAUAAAUCCUGAGGAUUAAUGUUCGGAUAUUUCAUUGUCGAUUGAGGAGAUUGUCUGAUUCAGACGUGAUUAUAGUUUUUAAGAGAAUAUUUCUGAAUGUCAAUUAAUUUUUGUCUUUCAAUGUCAUGAUGUCUGUAUGAUGGAGGUCCUUUAGGACGCAAUAAAAUUUUAAUAACUAA